CUCGUAAAAACGGAGAAGGGCGUGGCUAAUAGGCAAGUUCGACGCAACUGAGAGGUGUGAGGGCAUGAAGCUAACGCACGAGGAUAAAAGUAAGAUUAAUUUAAGGAUAGGAAUACGAAAAAUCAGUUUAGCUGUUAUUACAUACCGUUUAAAACAUUCGAGUUGUUGUCGUUGAUUUAAUCACAGUUUGCCCGCGGUCGCAUGUCAUUGAAUGUUGGCUAGCUAACGUUAGUUGAUCUGUUAUUGCAGUUGUUAGCAAAUGUCGAACUGUUUGUUUAUCUAGUAAAUUACUAUGAUAGCGUCUCAUAAUGUGAGAUGAGAAUACAAAAAUAAAACAAUAUUUUGCUCUCGUGCAUUUUAGUUGUCCGUUAAAACCUGUCGUUUUAAAUUGCAAGAUAAUCGCUAGUGCAUGUCAAAUUGGCAUUGCGUUGCACUUGUCUCAGUCCUAUCAAUACAUGGGAACUAAUCUGUAUAGUAAAUCGUUGUUUUUUAGCUAAAAAGUGCACUUCAAAGGCAAAUUUAGAUAUCAUCGAUUCGUGGUUCUAGAAACAAAGAUGUUCCCCUCCGUCCAGCAACGCCCUGUGUGCAAUAUAGGGGCCAGAGCGGUCCGACUGCAAAGCUUCAGCACUUUUAAACAAAGUGGUGCGAUAAGUAGCAAAUCGUGGAGUUUGUCGUGGCUGGGUGAGCGCGUGGGUCUGCUGGUGUCAUGGCUCCAAAAAGCAGGAAGGGGAACGAACAAGCUGGCCUGCGACGAAAAGAAGAAGGCGAGACUAUUGUCUAUAAUCGCCAACCACUGUAGUUUUGUGACAGGCCAGAGGCUGAGAAGGGCUCUUCAGAUCGGAGAGCUGUACUCAAACCUGUACUCUGAGAGGAGCAGGUGGACACUGGUGGGCAACAUAUGGCGGCGCCUGCAGAGCAAACACGCCCACACUGGAAAACUCCUAGCAGCCCUGGCUGGAGUCUUCAUGUGGGAAGACGAGAAGAUUGGAGAUGAUGAGCUGAGAAGGUGUGUGUGGGAGCUGCAGGCACUGGAGUCGGUGAGAAGCCAGAAUGUGAACCCAAAGACAGCCGUGUAUGUGGAUCCAGGCUGGGAGCUGGUCAUGGAGAAGAAGAACUUCAGGGUUUGGAGGAGACCUAUCCAGGGUAGCCAUCUUUUUGAAUACAGAGUGUUUGGUUCAUAUACAGACGUCACCCCCCGGCAGUUCUUCAAUGUUCAGUUGGACACAGAGUACAGAAAGAAGUGGGAUGCGCUGGUUAUUAAACUGGAAGUGGUGGACAGGGACGUCAACACAGGCACCGAGGUCAUUCAUUGGGCCACGCAUUUUCCAUAUCCCAUGUACUCCAGAGACUAUGUCUAUGUGCGCAGAUAUCAUGUUGAUGUGGAGAACAACUUAAUGAUCUUAGUCUCCAGAGCCAUCAAACACCCCAGUGUCCCAGAGAUCCAGGAGUUCGUCCGAGUUCACUCUUACCAGUCCAAGAUGGUCAUCCGCCCACAUCGGUCAUUUGACGAGAAUGGCUUUGAUUACCUGCUGACUUACAGCGAUGAUCCCCAGACGGUCUUCCCUCGCUAUUGCGUCAGCUGGAUGGUGUCUAGCGGCAUGCCAGACUUCCUGGAGAAGCUUCACACCGCUGCUCUCAAAGCUAAAAACAUGGACGUCGGUGUUCACGACUACGUCAAUAUCAUCAAACCUACCCAACCCACCCAAGAACGACUAGCUGAUAAUGCUCACGCCGGUGGCCCAAGUCAGAUCUACGCCUGAGUGUCUGGCCACAGCGAUUGAUGUACUGUUGAAAAAUGACCUGGAACAGAACAUUUUUCACUUAUAGGAUCAUUAAUUGAAACCACAAAGAAAUUCAAACCAUCUUUUCCCAAAAUUCAUCUAUGCCAGUCCUGCACUAGCUGUCAUACUGAGCGCUCACAUCCCCCAUUUCAUGAGCUGUUAGUUUGCUUCCUCUUUCUGUAGGGUGCAUCUUAACCAAACUGCUGAGAUGAGCCAAAAUAACGGCAUUUAUCAAUUGUAGAUUCGCCUGCCAAACAGCAUUUCACUCCGCAUUUAAAUCACGAUCAUCAGAAUCAAUCAUGCUGUCGAGAUGCUGAAAAACAACAGAAGCAUGCACAUGCCCUACCAGUUUCAACUUCAGGAAGUUGCUUGUGCACACAAAGCCACUUUUUUUUCACUAUGUGGUUCUUUUUUCCAGUUUAUACUGUGAUGAGCUCAGCUGAACCAGAUCGAGUCGCCAUCGUCCUCAUUUACCGUGUGAAUGUUCACUGCCAGUAAAACCCAAACAGCCUUCACAGGAUCACCAAAACCUCUGGAAACACAAGAGAGGUGUGUCUUAUGCCAACCGCAACAUCCUCAUGAUCAGGCUCAGCUUCCUCCUGCGCUCUAGAGGGCUAUUUGAAGGACAAUGUGCAAAUCGGUAUACAAACUCUGCAAAGAAUUAGGGGUGUUUUAUUGUGAUUGGGAAUCCACUCUAAUGGGAUUGUCUGUGUUAUACAUGUUUACUU